ACAGGUGGGAAUCUGCAGACAGAAGUCAGUGUGCCCAGAGAGACGGAGACCUGACACACUGUCCUCACACGACGUGUCAAGAUGCAGAAUCUCUUCACUGGUGAAGGCAAGGUGACCAGAAUCAAGCUGAUCCGCGGGCUUUCGCUGGUGGUCGUGAUGCAGAUAGUGGACCUCCUGAUGAAGAAGGUGUUUGACUGUACCUGCAGUGAACUGAUGGUGUUCUUCAUCACCGCGUACUUCAUCGGCCCGGCCGUGUGCUUCACCGCCCUCUUCCUCGCCCUGCACAAGAAGACCAUAUUGAGAGGGCUGUGUGACGAAAAAGUCAAAGUCCUGAUGUACCUCUGUCCUUCGCUGUACUGGCUCGCAAUACUGCUGACUGAUGGCAAAUACCUUGCGUGCUUACUCAAUUCCCAGUGCAGCAGUGCAGCUCAAAAUGCAACAGUCAACUUGGAUCUACCCAAGGAGAAAGGAUUGCAGCUUAUAUCCAGGGUCUCAGGACUGUGCAUGGUUUUCCUGCUCUCUGUCGGCUACAUUGGCUAUGUUCUGUACUGGUACUGUCGUAAACAGCCUAAGGACAGAUACAAGAAAAAGAAGGAGAAGAAACUGAGGAAGACGCAGGAGCAGAGAGUUAGGAGUUUAAUUGAGGCAGAAUGCACACAGGUCGUUGAUGAGAAUGUGUUUAAACUUGUACAAGCAACGACGGACAGUAAAGAUGAAACAGGCGAUGAUGCAAACCCGCAAACCGGCGACAACACAUGUCCGCAAAAAAGAUGAAAAAACAAAUGAAAACAGAUAUCCACAAGGACUCAAGACCGUGCCCUCAGAUGAAAUUGUUGGUGAGUUUCGAAAGUCUGACACCAACAAUAGCGAGACACCAAAAGCUCCAGAAACUCGCCCAUUAUUUGAACGCAUGGGUGUGGAGGGGUAGCGGGCCGUUUCAGGGAGCAGGGAUCAAAGACAGGGGUGAGAGGGCUCCUCCCCUCAGCAGACUUCUGAGCCUUGCUUUUUAAUCUCAUCCAUUUGUCUUUUAUUUUAAAACCGAAAGAUGGGGAAAGAUCAGGCUCCACGUUCUUUAAAAAUCGAACUCGCCAAUGGUUCAAGAACUGGAGCUGUUCUUGUAGACACCAAGUCCUGUAAGCUCCUGAAUAAUCACUACUGUAACAGGACUGUUCUACUGUACUGGGACUGUAGCCCCUAUUGUAACAGGACUGUUCUACUGUACUGGGACUG